AUGUUACCCCCGGCUCUCAACAUCCCCAAAUGGCUCGAAGCCAAUUCCCAUCUCCUUCAACCGCCAGUCAAUAAUUACUGUGUCUACCACCCCUCAUCCCCGGCCACAUCCGGCUACACUGUGAUGAUCGUCGGCGGACCCAACGCGCGAACAGACUACCACAUCAAUACCACACCCGAAUUCUUCUACCAAUACCGAGGAUCCAUGCUUCUAAAGACAGUCGAUCCCUCAACCAACCCGCCUACGUUCCAGGAUAUCCCGAUCCACGAAGGAUCCCUCUUCUUGUUACCGGCAAACACACCGCACAGCCCGGUGCGUUUUAAGGAUACAGUUGGCGUUGUUAUGGAGCAGCCUAGAGCGGAAGGAGCAGUGGACAUUAUGCGAUGGUACUGUCGGAAGUGUGGUGGUGUGGUUUGGGAGAAGAAAUUUGUGUGUACGGAUCUGGGGACACAGGUUAAGGCUGUGGUGGAGGAAUUCGGGGCGGAUGAGGAAAAGAGACGGUGCAAGGGUUGUGGGGAAAUUGCGGCGGUCAGAUAUGAGGAAGGGGAGGUCGUGCAACCACCCACGAACCCAGAAUAG